UAAAUACCAAUCAGCUGACCAGAUUUUAGGAACGUUUAAUGUACUCGCUCCUCCGUCGAAAAAUCAUCGAAAUUAGGUAAAUUCCAGCACUAUGAAGAAUGUGAGAGUAGGCGUUAUUGGUGCUGGUAUUAUUGGGGUGUCCACGGCAUAUAAUGUACAGUUGUUAUGUCCCAAUGCCGAAGUGUCAAUAAUUGCUGCAGAGUUUUCACCAAACACAACAUCUGAUGGUGCAGCAGGUUUCAUUCAGCCUUAUCUUGCUCCUGGGACACCAAAAGAAGACAUACAGAGAUGGUUUAAAUCAACAUGGAUGCACCUUACCAAGAUCAUCAAAUCUGCUGAUGCUGGAAAGGCUGGGGUACAUUUUACAUCAGGCUACAAUGUCUUUAAGAAAUUUGAGCCUGACCCUGAAUGGAAAGAUGAGGUACUUGGAUUCAGGCAUGCAACUCAAUAUGAACUCAAUGAUUUAUUUCCAUCGUUUAAGCAUGGAUGGUUCUUCACUUCUUUGAUUUGUGAGAGUGAGAGAUAUAUCCCUUUCCUAACUGAAAAAUUUCUGAAAAAUGGAGGAAAACUGAUUCAGAGGAGGGUUAAUAAUUUUGCAGAGCUGGGUGAUCAAUAUGAUGUAAUAGUCAACUGUACUGGUAUUGGAGCCAGAUUUCUUGCUAAUGAUGAUUCAGUAGAGCCAGUCAGAGGACAGGUCAUGAGGGUUCAUGCGCCGUGGAUCAUGGGUAAUACUCGUUACCGUGGAGAUCCAGGUACAGGGGCAGAUAAGCUUCAUAUCUAUGCUCGUCAAGAUGAUGUCACUGUAGGGGGCACUGCUCAGCUUGGGAGAUGGGACACGGAGGUAGACCCAAAAGAUGCUCAACAAAUCUGGGAGAGGGCCUGCAAUGUUAUUCCAAGUCUUAAGGGUGCAAAGAUCAAGAAACACUGGGUUGGACUGAGACCACAGCGUUCUAAAGGAGUGAGGGUAGAAGCAGAAACAUUGACCUAUGGCUCAAAUAAGAUUAAGAUUGUCCAUAAUUAUGGUCACGGUGGAUGUGGAAUUACCCUGCAUUGGGGCUGUGCAUUGGAUGCUGCUAGGCUUGUACAAGAACAACUUAUUCCAAGAACUGUAUCUAAACUUUAAUCUCCACUGCACUUCAGAAAUUAUACAUGAACAAGAAGACAUUGGGAGUGUCAAGCAUCUCCCUCCCCCAGUUCUUUCCUUGAAAUUGCAAAUUGACAUAUUUCAUUAAAUAGCAGGGCCUAGUAUUCAAGAAUUCUACAAUUUGAUUGGUCAAUUUGCCUGAGAAACAAUCCCAUAUUUACUACACUAUCUUGGUCAAUCAAUCAAACGGAUGAUAGAAACCUGUACCUGUUUGAUGUUUGGCUGUUGGUGGUUUAAUGUUUUAUAUUGUAAUGAUCAGUGCUGAUUCAAAUCUCUGAGUAUGAGGCUGUAUUCCAUGGUGUGUACAUAAGCGUAAUCGAGCACCGCACUGCCCACCUCUAAUUGCGCAUCAUUCUCAACGGCAAUGCGCAUUUUAAAUAUAGGGCAUUUACUGCUUCGCUUUGAAGUGAAUAAUUCCUUUUCUAGAUUUAAUAACAAAUUGCAGUUAUGAGUUCUAGUGUCUUGAUUUUGAACAAUAAUAUGGAAAGAUCUUACUUAGACAUUUUGGAUACAACUUUUUUUUUCAUAACAAAUUAAGUUGGUAGCUUUAUUAAGACCCCCUUCCAUAAACCAGGGGAGAAAUUAGAGGUAGACUACUUUGGCAGGGCAAUUGUCUUUAGAAUAUUUACCACAAACAAUCUGAACACAAUCAA